CCGAGUAUAUUAUUACAAUUUUUACACUGGAACACAAUUGGAAAAGUUUCCUCAAAUUGAGCAGCCUCAAAGGAUGAAGAAAGAAUGAAUGAAGCUUGGAGAGACGCGUUAUUGCUUGCACUAAACCAUGCAUGCAGCCAAAAUCCCUCACUUACAAAGGAAGCAGAGGAUAAGCUUAAAUCAUGGGAAAGAGAACCAGGGUACUACAGUUUGCUCAUGAUAAUUUUCAAAAAUAAGACACUUGAUGUCAAUAUAAGGUGGAUGGCAAUGGUAUUGAUGAAAAAUGGAGUAGAGCGUUAUUGGAGGAAAUCAGCCCCUCAUUCUAUUGCUGAAGAGGAAAAAACCUUUAUAAAACAGAAUUUAACCAUGUCGCUUGAUGAACCAGUCAAUCAGGUGAUUACCCAGGUAGCAGUGUUGAUCUCAAAAAUUGCCAGAAUGGGAUUGGGGGAUUGGCCAGAGCUAUUGCCAUGCUUACUGAAGGAAGUGAAAAGCCAAGAUCCACUGCAUCAACAGCGGAGUUUACUGGUCCUGAAUCAUGUGGUUAAAAUGUUGGCAUCCAAGAGAUUGAUCCCUGAUAAACAACUAUUUAGAAAGAUGACUUUGGAUAUUUUUGGCUAUAUUUUACACCUGUGGCAGAGCAAGACAGCAUCUCUUUUAGAAGCAUUCCAAGUUAAGGAGUACACAAGAAGUUUGGGUCCACUAGAACUGAGUUCCCUAGCACUGAAAGUUUUGAGAAAGUUACUUGUCCAUGGGCUGAAGGAGUUUGACCCUACAUCACAAGCUGUGAGUCUUCUGGAAGCAGUACUUGAAAAAAUCAAAAUGAUGUUGCAUUACAGAAAAUCAGAAAAUAUGAGUUGCAGCACACAAGAAAAAGUUGAAAAAUAUGUAAUACUGUUAACCAAAGUGCUGAUAGACAGCCAAGAACACCAUCCAUUAUCAUUCUUACCACUAAUGCAGCCUGUACUAGAACUCUGCUACAACUACCUAUUUACAAGUGAAGGGAAAGCAUGUUUAUUCGAAACAUUUGCUCUUCAGUGUUGUAAGCUUAUCAAAAUGAUUGUCAAGUGUGAGAUGUACCAACCUCCCAGAGAAAUUAAAGAAACAACUCCUAAAGAGAUCCUCAAGGCACACCAGAUUAAGACUGCCUUCUUUACACCGCCAAUGCUAUCUGAAACUAUCCAGCAACUAAUUUUAUUUUAUCUUCCUCUUACUGCUGAGGAUUUGAAAAGUUGGGAGUUGGAUCCUGAAAAUUUUGUUAAUGAAGAGGCUGGUGAAUCAUGGCGAUAUAAUCUAAGGGCUUGUAUAGAGGUGUUGUAUUUGAGUCUUCUCAGUGAGUUCCGCAGCACUGUUACUCAAGUUGUCACUGAAAUGAUUAAAUUAUUGCAAGGGUCCCCACCAUCUGAUGACAUAAGUGUCCUAUUAAAGAAAGAUGCAGUAUAUAAUGCUUGUGGACUUUCAUCAUAUGACCUUUUUGAUGAAAUUGACUUUGAUCAAUGGUUCCUAACUCAACUACUUCAGGAAUUAAACAAUUCCUCAUCCAGGUAUAAGAUUCUGCGUCGUCGUGUCAUUUGGAUGGUAGGCCAGUGGAUUAAUGUCAAAUGUGCUCGUCAAACCAGGACUGUAUUGUACCCAGUACUCCUCAAUUUAAUGAAUGUUCAAGAAGAUUUAGUGGUCCGUCUUACUGCAGCAAAUACACUUAAGACUGCUAUUGAUGAUGUAGAAUUUUAUCUAGAAGACUUUGUUCAGUUUUUGGAUGGAAGCUUUGAAGUACUAUUUAACCUCCUCAAGUGUACCAAUGAUUGUGAUACUAAGAUGCAGGUGCUUCAUGUGUUAUCAUUACUUAUUCAACGAAUAGGAAGCAAGGUCCAAUCAUUUGCUUCCCCACUUUCAAUCUACCUUCCCGAGUUGUGGCAGGCAUCUGGUGACCAUAACAUGCUUCAAUGUGCAAUUGUCUCCACAAUGACUCAUCUUGUAGAGGGCCUAGGUGUAUGGAGUGAACAGAUGUACCCUUUCCUUCUGCCCUUGAUUCAGCUCAGUACAGAUGUUUCUCAGCCAUCACACAUUUACUUAAUGGAAGAUGGACUGGACCUUUGGCACAAUGUUUUGAUGAAUGCAUCAUGUAUGGCUCCUGAAUUGUUGCAGCUAUUUGCUAAUAUGCCACCAUUAUUGGAAUUAGGCUCCGAAAACCUCAGAACAUGCUUUGCCAUCGUGGAAUCUUAUGUGUUGUUAGAUCCAAGAACAUUUCUCCAGAAUUGUAGUGCACCUGUUGUGGAUGCUUGCUUAAGAAUGCUUGGAAAUAUAAAACCAGAGGGCAGCAUUAUCCUUUCUAGGGUUGUUGAAACUAUCAUAAAAGUCUCUCCUCUCGAUGGUCCUCAGGUUUUCGCACCAGUGUUGCUGAAAAUAUUGAACAUGAUCAUUGAGGUUGAGGAACACACACCUCUUCUGGUUAUCUACCUGUGCAUAAUUGGGGAAAUCAGUUUGCAUAAUUACCAUGCAUUUGUUCAUCUGGUCGAAAAUGUUGCACAGCAGCUCAGCAUCCAGGCUGGGAACGUUUUAAGCCAGCUUCUCGAGAUAUGGUUGGACAAAAUGGAUUGCAUGACACGGCUUGAACGAAGGAAACUCACUGUGCUGUCACUGAUGACGCUGCUGCCGUUGAAUGUGCUCAAUUGUGUCAUGCAAAAGUUUGCAAUCAUUGUGGAUGCUGCUGUUGAUGUCCUACAUGAGAUUCACAGAGUGGAGGACGGCGGAACGCAUACUGAUUGUUUGGUGGUGCUUGUUGGAGAUGGCGAUGAUGGUAACGAACACACCGAGGAACAAAAAAGGAAACGAAAGCUGAGCUUAUCAAGUCCUGUGCACUGCUUUCCCUUGUGGAAAUUCGUUCGAGACAAACUUCAAGAGUGUCGCUCAGUUUAUGGACAUGAAACCUUCCAGUACGCAAUGGACUCCAUGGACUCCGCUGUGGUCACUCAGCUUGGCACUUUUAUAAACCACUAGAGCACUUUAUGUCAUCAGUAGAGGCGAAUUUAAGAAAAAGCUUUUCGGCGUUAAACCUCAAGCACACUAAAAUAUUUCAACGUACCGUUGAGCUUCGGUUCUGCAGGAGUGUGCUAGUUGUCCUCCGUUUGAAACGUUGCUUCCGGGAAGCUGGUGUUUCUGCAAAGGUCGAUCGAGGAAAUGUGGAGCUGUAUACGAACUGAUACGUUAACCACUGAUUUAGUCUGAAUGCAAAUUUUAUGUAAAGGAGCGUGGAGAUUCAAUGUCCAAUUCAAAGUCGUGAAUUUAGUUUCAGUGUUUGUCAACCAGUGACAUUCUCCAUUCCUCGAUGCUAAGACGUAAUUAGAUUCUUAUAUAUAUUUCGUGCAAAAUAAGCGAGCACCACUUAAAAAUAAAUAAAGUGAACCCUCUCA